CGCCUCGUCGGUUCCUGUCCGGCCCCUGCUCGUGACGUCACCGCGGCCCCGCCCGUCUCCCCAGCCUGGGCUGCUCGCUGCACCAGUCAGCCGACCCUCGGCUAGUCGCCGCCGCCGCCGCCGCCAAAAUGUCCACAGGUGUGCCUUCAGGAAGUUCAAGUGCGGCCACUGGCAGUAAUCGAAGACUCCAACAGACACAAAAUCAAGUAGAUGAGGUGGUUGACAUCAUGAGAGUCAACGUGGACAAAGUGUUAGAAAGAGACCAGAAGCUCUCGGAGCUCGAUGACCGUGCAGAUGCACUGCAGGCAGGUGCUUCUCAGUUUGAAACAAGUGCUGCCAAGUUGAAGAGAAAGUAUUGGUGGAAGAACUGCAAGAUGUGGGCGAUAGGGAUCAGUGUCCUGGUGAUUGUUGUCAUCAUCAUUGUUGUGUGGUGUGUCUCUUAAUGAAGAACCUGGUGAAACCGAAGCCCACUGUUCAGGAGCGUCUUCAAGACUUUCUACUUAGAACCUGCUGUGUUAUUGAGCUUGUUUUUCCAAAUGAUUAUUUUUGUUAGUUUACAUACAGUUCAGUGCCUAGAAAAUGUGCCUUUGUUUUAAUAUACACUCCAAACUGGGGGGUGUGCCCUAUCCUGCCCACAUUUUGCACAGUGCCUUCACAGAUUUAUGCACCGACUAGGAAAGAGGACUUCUGAUGCUCCAGAGUGCUGGAGUCUGGAUGGAUG